ACUCCAUCGUCACCGUUUUCCUGGUUAACGUCCCCUGAUCUUUUGAUUAAUAACUUUGAUUUUCAACAGAAGGUCUUAUAUGUAUCAUAAGAUAUUUAAACAGGUCACCAGAUUCAGCUUAAUAAAGCUGCUAUCAGUCUGGGACCUGUUAAAAGCAAAAGUAAAAAUAUAUGCAUGAAUUUAAAAGGUAACUAAAACUUAUCUUAUAUAAUCUAAUCAGAUAAAAUGUUCACCUAACUUAAUUUUAAAACGUAGCAUUGAGUUUUCAGUUUUAAGUUUGAUUGGCAAUUUGUUAAAAAGCCAGGCCUCUUGAAACUGAAUACUUCUUCUAUAUACUUCCAAUUUUGUGUUCGGAAUUUUCAAGCUAACCACAAUGCCUCGGUGUUCUAUGUAAAGUAAUGUUUCCUUUACAAUAAAGAUAUUCCACUUUCAAGAUACAUCAGUUUCCUAAUCCAGAAUAAACAUUUGAUCCAUGCGGCGAAGUGCACAGGUAACAGUAUUGAGUUAAUCGCCCCCCAGAGGGAGCAAAGUAAAAUAAAUAGUGGUGGAUUCUGAGCAAUGGCACCAGAAUACACUUUUUGCGAAAAUUCCAACAUUCUUUGAGCUGUUCGCAAAUGCAUUCCUGUGUGGAUAAACACAUGAUGAUAACUGGGAGAUAGAUGCCCAAGAAGUAUUUUUCAAACCAUAAGAAUCCUAACGCAAACAAAUCAAACUACACACGUGAAAAAUUCACGAAAAUUUUUUUAGUUCCGGGUGACAGAAAAAAAAUUAAUGUAUUGCACCCGAUUAAAACAAACAAACAUUUUCCCAUUUAGCGUUGAAGUUUCUUAAUUGUUUCAUAAUGUUUCUUAAUUGUUUCUUAAUUGUUUCUAUGCUCGUUCCUAAUAAAAUGCUAGAUAUUAAAAUUCAGAAAUAAGCAUAAAUAAUUCGACUUCUUUUCUCGGAUUCUACUUUACAGUAAGUGACAACUUUGUGAUUAAAAAGUGAUUAGUUGUGUUAUUUAAUUACAAACCUUUCUGCUUUUCGAACUUUUUCAAUUGAAUUUAUAACGUCAACCAUCUUGACCUGUCUCGUUUUUAUUAAUGACGUAAAAUUUUAUGGGAAUAAUCAUUACCAUACAAUUGGUCUAGCCAAGACACCUAUAAGUUGUUCAAGUAUUUUGUAGACAUUCCCGAAGGCUAUUUUUAUGUCAAGUUUGGACGGGAAAUGUUAGUACGUUUAGGGAGAACAGAGGUUUCUCCUUUCACUCGCUUUCUUUCUUCACAACUCGAAUUCUUUCCGUAAGCAUUUGACUUAGCAGUACAUUAAGUAAGUUAACGUAUACAGACAACAGGAUUUCGAAGAUAAUUAAUAGAGAGUGCGGGAAAAUAACCGACCCUCGCUCGGGUCCAUGCAAGGGUGCCAUAGGUGUAGGGGCCACAUAAACUAGUGAAUUCUGUUUUGAUAUAGAAUUGUUUGAAAUGUACAAAAACUGUAGCAAACUUAUUCCCAUAUACAGUAAAAUAUUUUAAUCGAAUGAACGAAUUUAAGUUAAUUCAAAGGGCGUUGUCGCAACAAUUUUUCUGCUCGCUUCGCUCGCAGGGGCCUCAUCUUGCCGUUUUGUCACAGCUGACCCAAGCAGGGCAGCCGAAAAUUAAUCCCAUUGAAAUUUUUUGUCAUCGAAAUUUCCGGAACUUUUUCGAAAAUUGAGUGCUUUAACAAAAAUUUAAAAAAGCUUCAAACUGGGCUUGUCAAGAUGAGUUUAAAUAGAAUUUAUAAAUGCGUCGAUAUUUUCUCUUUCUUAGUAGGAAUGGAUUAUCCAAACGAUCAAACCCUGAAGUUUUCUUAAUGAUAUUUUUAAGAACAAAUCUGCCCAUACUUUAUUUCUCAUAUCCUCCCAUCGAAAGCUGCCGUGUCUCCCCUUUCUUCCCUCUUAUGAAAUUUUUCUAUUUUUUCUUGCUUCUUUGUUUUGUCACAGUUGUUCAUAAUUUUGUGAAAUUCAAAUUGUGGAAUAACAUUAAUGAUUAUAUGUGCAACACAAGCGUAUGUAAUAGGGCACUGGGCUCGAUAACCUUUUAGGUUCAAAAACAUUCUUUGGUAAUUUCUUACUUCUUAAUGUUUAUGACAUAGAUGUGUUUAAAAUAGAUCUUAAGCAUAUAUCUUGUAAGGUUGUUGUUUGAUAAAACGAAAUUGAUUUUGAUUGAAAAACAUCUGAAAUCCCAAGUUUCUGCGUUUGUUUGUAAACAUAAGAACUUUGGCUGUAUUGACUUUAGGCUCAGUGCCAAUUCGGAAGCAGUUCUGUCGCUCAUUGUUUUAUGUGAUUGAUUAAAUGACAUCGGAACAUGAUACUUGAAUCGUUUGGCUGACUGACACUGCGAGGGUGAAAAAUUCAAUCGGCGACGGAGAGACAGCAAUGGAAAUGAUGCUAAAGCGAAAUAACUGGAUUUCGAAAUGAAGAACACUUUAUUCUUUGCAUUUGUGGUACUAACUGGUGUAAUCGGAACAAGCGUGAGAAGACAAGAGUGGAUCGCUGGUUGCUACGAAAAAACGUCUUUAGAAAACGUUACUCGUGUGGAGGAGCCCGUGGAUGGUCCCAAUCACUGUACUUAUCAAUGCACAAGGAAAGGCGCAAAGUAUGCUGCUGUGCAAGGUGACUCACUAUGCAUCUGUCUGGGGGACCUUCGCAGUUUCCAGAAAGUCGACGAGGCGCGGUGCAAUGUAAGCUGCACGAAGUUGUCACAUCUGAAAUGCGGUGGCCACGGAGAAAUAGUCAGUAUUUUCCAUACCACUGUUCCCAUAAUUUUCAAUCAUUCACUAACGGGGCCAGAGCUUGCCGCGACAAGAAACUCUUCGCACUUUGUCUCUAAUGCAUGGCUGACUAAUUCAACUAAUGUAUCAAAAAGCAAUUUUUCAAGUUCAGAUCAUGCAGCAGCUAACGUUGUGAGUGCCACCUGGACAGUGGAUGAUUUGAUGGUAAAGUCAGUGCGUAAAAGGGUGACCAGACUUCGAUUCACAGAUGGACUAAACUUUACGUUUGCUUCAUACGGGAUGUUUAAAGUUUGUGUGAAUGUAUCGAACGGAUACAUCUGGGUUGCCGAAUGCGCCUCCGUCCUUGCAGUUGAAGGUAUUCACGUGUUGGAAGUCGUCAACAUUCAUGGCGGUAAGCAUACGGACAAAGGAAAGUACGCGAUUAUGCAGACCAGCUAUUUUCAUGUCGACGUCAUUGUAAAUGCUGGAAGUUUUGCAAACUUGCACUUUAAUUUUGGUGACACUUUAAAUGCAGCCGAGGUUAAACGAAAUUACCAGAGCACUAUGAAAAACUGUUCUUGCCUAGCUCUGACGAGGAAGACCCAUUUGUAUAAUGAGAAAGGCUCCUUCUCUCUUAACAUCACUGCUGUAAAUCACGUGAGCAGAAAGGAGCUGAUUUUUUUAGACAAAAUAACGGUCGAUGGCAAGAUUGAGGGGUGUAGUAUAACGACAAAAUUCGUCGCAGCUGGCAAAAUGACGAGGGUACACCUGCAGACAUUUGGUACAUUUACUUUUGCCCAUUUUCACUGGACGCACCCUAGCAACAGACAAGAGACCACAACGGUACCCUUUAUCAAUGUGACAUUUCCCAAUUACAGUCCGCAGUACCGCCUCAAAGUUUCCGCGUUCAAUAAUGUCAGUGAAGCUGACUGCACUGGCCAGAACAUUUACAUUGAACCAGACAUCAUCAGUGUUACACUUCAAACAACAGUGAGUCAAGUGACAGUGAAUGCAGCCGUCAUUUUCACGUCUACUGUGACUACAGAUCAAGUGCUAUUCGACAGUUCUCUUCAGUAUACAUGGAUUCUCGGGGACGGUCAGGUUGUGCAAGGAACCAUUCCAAACCUUGUUUACAAAUACAAGCAAGCCGGAAGGUUUGAAGUAAGAGUUCAAGCAGGAAACUUUCUUAGCAAGAUCUAUUCCAACUACGUCACCGUUAGAGUUUAUGAAGAAAUAACCAAGGUGGAAAUACGAUAUAAACCUUUCAAAUUUGGAGAAACAACAGAAUUCAGUGCAUCUGUUGCAGAUGGAACAAAUAUGACAUACAGCUGGGACUUUGGUGAUAAUGUAACGUUAUCCACUGCUAACGGCACUGUUCAGCAUAAAUACAAGAGAAUGGGGAAUUUCACAGUCAAGUUGAAAGUAGCCAAUCCUGUCAGUUCAAAGGAAGACAGUAUUGCCGUAUUUGUUCUGCGAUACCGUUGCCAAAAACCGGAAGUGUCCUUCUCGAGGCUACCAUUAGAAGAGACUACGAGGAAAGCACAGGAACUAAGAAUCGAUGUUGAUGUAAAUGUCAGCUGUUCAGUUUCCAGCACAGCACUUUACAGAUGGACGGUAUUCAGCAUGCAGAAUGGGAAGAAGGAAGAAAAACUUGCUCGCCAUUUAGGCACACUGUCUUCAACAUUGAGCCAAAGAUCUUUGGUUUUGCCUCCAAAUACUCUAAAUCCAGGAACCUAUCUCGUGCAACUAGUGGUAGAGAUGAAAGGAACCGUAGUGUUUACAAAAAUCAGCAAAAGAAUUAACGUUCUGCCAACAGAAAUGCGCGCUGUCAUUCGUGGUGGAGAUGUUGUAUCCAUUGGGAGAAAGAGCCAUGAAAAUGUCACUUUAGAUGCUUCUGACUCUUUCGACCCCGACGAUAACGAGCGUGAGCCACUGAGGUUUUUGUGGAACUGUCGAAGCAUCAUCGGCAAUCGACACGAACCUUGUUUCAAACCGAACGUAACUUCACAGUUAAAUUGGACGAGACCAGUCUUCGAGUUUUUGCCAAAAAUGCUCAAAACAUCCGCUUCAUUAUUUGCGUUUAUGGUAACUGCUAGCAACGAUAACGACAAGAGUGCUACAGCUUUUCAGUUUGUGAAAGUAGAAAAUGGCGAAAUGCAUAGACUUCUGAUAGAGUGUCCCGAGUGCCACAACCCAGAUGUAAACCCACACAACCAAAUCACUUUCACAGGUAUCUGCAGUGAUUGCGAAAACACAUCUGUUGCCUUUAAGUGGAAGGUAUAUAUGGCUCCAAAAGUAAAGGUUUUUCUUCGACUGUUCGGCAAGUGUAUUCCAGCCGAUGGAAAAGCAUGGGACAGCCAAGGAAACUUGAACGAGACGAAUUCCACAACAACAGCAACAAUUCCAACAACAAGCAGCACGCCUCUCACAACCGUUACCAAAGCAAUAACAACGAAACCAACGGAAAAGACGCAAGGAGCGGAUUUUCAGAGACUUAUUUGUGAAAUGGAUCUGAAUAACAUAAGGAUAAAUUCUACUUCUCUUGUGAGAAUAUCUAGAAAACGCAGGGAGGUGUUAGAGGAGUUGAAUAUCAUGACAAAGCAAGGAACUUUAAGAAAAAGUGACCAAGGACACACAGAGAACUGGGAUGACUUUGAUUUUGAUAGCGAUAACGACAUUGUAACGGAUGAUUUGUUUUUGAAAGAUAAUAACGAGGUGCCUGCCGCGUCCAGGUUUACAAAAAGAGUUAAGAGAAACACAGACAGAAACAACGUCACUUUUCAAAGUUCUGCAAGUGGCCAGGGUGGCCCGAUGCCAGGUAGAAAUUUUCCAUCGAAUCCAAGGUCAGGACUGACAUAUUCAUCGGGGACUGGCGCUGUUCAAAGUGAUGAUGAUACCUCCAGUAGUGGAGGAUCAGGAUUCCCACAGGCUUCUGGCUCGGGACGUGGCAACACUGGAGGUGGAACUGGCUCUGGUAGACCAAAUUCACUAGGAUCUGGGCGCGGAUGUGAAGGCUCUGUUGGCGUGGCUGGAGGAAGGGGCGCUGGUUCAGGAAGUGGCACUGUUGGUGGCUGCUCCGGCGGCUACGGGGAGGGAGCGAAGGCAAACCAGAACAAAACUGGUGGAACAAAUUCUACAGAAAAUGGUGACAAGACCACUGGCACGAGUGGGGACCUGAUUUCCAAAAGCCUAGAGGAGCAACUGGAGGGAAAGCUCAAUACUAUACGUGAAAUCAUGCACCCUACUGAAGUCGAUACACAUUCAAGGUUACAGCAGUUGAUUUUGACAAAAGGUUCCCUAGUACCAGGACAGCUGUAUAUGGUUGAGUUUAUAGCAGUGUGGCAAAGUGGCGCACAUGAACGGAUUGCAGGAGAAGCAAAGUCUUACUUCUUAACGAACACUGGACCUUUUCUUGGUUCAUGUCACGUUACACCACAAACUGGCGUGGAAGCGAAAACCACGUUUACUCUACAUUGUCAGCAUUGGAAAGACAAGCACCAUCCCCUUAAGUUUUUUGUGCAAUACAAGGUACAUUCCCAACAAAGACCUACAUGGUUAUAUUAUGGUUUGAAAGAGACAUUGAACUUUACACUGCCCGCUGGUGAAAAAUCGAAUGACAACAUAAUUGAAUUAGAAAUCUCUGCUGAAGAUGCCGAAGGUGUUAAGACCAAAUUGUGCCCAAUUCAAGUUACGGUGAUGCCGUUGGAAAAUACACUCAACUCUAUUGAAGAAUAUUUAUACAAUCAGAGUAUUGGCAAUGUUUCGCCAUUGAAAGUACACGAAGAUCUAUUGGAUGAAGUUUCCGCCUCGAUCUUCAUUACCACUGCAACUAACUCUAUCAACAGGUUGUUAUCUGUUAUGCCUGGUAGCACCAAGCACAAACUACGCCUGCAAGUGCGAAGGAGGCUGUUAGAGAGUUUGAGCAAGUUUCCUGUUCAAACAGAGGCGUAUGCUUUGCAGCAAAGUAGGAUGAUUAGAGCAUUGAUGUAUAAACCAUCAGAGGUUUCUUCAAUAUCGGUGGAAUUUUCUAACAAAGCAAGCAGCAAAAUUGUAUCAUUUUAUGAGGAAUUCAACAAAGUUCUUCCCAGAGACGUCGCAGAGGAUAUUUUCAUAGUUGUGUCCAGCAUUUUGUCGUCAAUGAGUCGCAGGAGAAAGCAGGUAUCAAAGUUAUCCUACACUGGACUACUGGUGAAAGAGACAAUGCGCAUUCAUGACAGCGUAGUCAAGGCGCUACGACGCGUCGCACCAAUGACUGUUCUCAAGGGUGACUUCAUCACCACGAUCUUGAAAAUCCACCAAAGUGGCGUUAAUGGAACUCUUUCGAACAACGGUUGCUCUUUCACGUUGCCUGCAGAAUUGGGAAGGCUGAUAGUGAAUGAAACAAGGGACAUUGGCAAUAUCUAUUCAAGAAUGAGUGUUUAUGAAAAUAAUCCAUUUGUAUGGGCAGCAAAAGAAUACAAGAUUGGCACAAAAGUGGCAAGUCUUGACUUCAAGAAUGCAUCUGGCGCACCAAUCAAAGUAUCAAAUUUAACUGAACCCGUUAUUGUUAAGCUUCCAGUCCGGCAUUCUCUGUUAAUGGAAACAGGAGAACACACAAUAGCAAUGGCAAAGAUGAAUAUUCAUGAAUUCAAUUUGACAAAGUCCAAAAAAUCAAGGACGUUCAUCAGAAUAGAAGAAAAGAAAGAAGGGAGGGACAGUGAUCUCGUUGCCAUAAAAGCAGUUGUAAGUUUUAAUGAGAAGCCAACUGAAAGGCUGUACAACAGAAGCCUCGAGUUCUUCCACAACGCUGCAUCUUUGCACCUCGCUUCUAACGUGGGUUUAUCGAAAGUGUUUGUUGGUGUUUUUAUGAAGCCAAUAGGACGUGUGCCUAAAAAGACAAAACAAGCACAACCAAUUAAGUAUAGGCUCGAUGUCUUCUCUGUGAGUUGCAAGUUUUGGGAUGAAGUUGAUGAUAAUUGGAGUGACGAGGGUUGCGAGGUUGCUCUCGAAUCAACAAUGAGAGAAGCCGUCUGCAAGUGCAAUCAUCUUACUGCUUUUGGUGCACAAGUUAAUGUUCUCAAUGUUUCCGUCGAAGUCAAAUCUUUAGUCAGUUUCAAAAGCAACGACGAUCAACAUUUUGUUUUGGCAGUCAUUCUCUCAGUUCUCUGCACGUACCUCAUUCUGAUAAUGAUCUACAAAUUCACCAUCAAGUCGAGGCAGUGGGACGAAUGUGUUGCUUAUCUCCCAGACAACCACCCUGCCGACCUGUUCAGGUACUUGGUCGUUGUAGAAACAGGGAGCUCACACGAUGCAGGCACAACUGCAAGAGUAUCUAUCGUAAUUUAUGGUGAGGAGGGACAUUCGCAAAUUAGGGAACUCACCUGUCACAAUGGAAAACAAUUUAAAAGGGGUUCAACUGACGUCAUCAUAAUGAGCUUUCCAGAUUCCCUUGGCGACAUUAAGAAGAUCAAACUGUGGCACGAUAAUGAAGGAUAUUCUCCAAACUGGUAUUUGAAGCAAAUUUCUAUUGUCGAUUGCCAGACGGAGAAAAUAUGGUACUUCCCUUGGAACAACUGGUUGGCAAUCACAGAAUUGACCAGGGCAGACUGCCAAAUUCCAGCAGAGAAAGAACCUCAUAAUAACAAUGUACAGACCGUUUUUGAAGGAAUUCUAGACUACCAUCUUUGGCUGUCAGUCUUCACUGCGCCUGGUCGAAGCAUCUUUUCAAAAAAACAAAGAAUGACACUUUGCUUGGCUUCCUUGGUCGGCUACAUGAUGGUAAUCGCCGUGUUACUGGCAAACGAGCAGACUGUGGAAAUUCUUGGUUAUUGGGAUAUGAAAUGGUCAUCUGUUGUAUUGAGCCUCAUUGUAACGGCAGUUGUGUUUCCGUUUCAAGUUAUCUUGGAGUCAUUGUUUAGAUAUAGCACGGAUACAAACGAACAAAAGAAGCAAACGGAGGAGAAGCCGCGAUUAAAUGAAGAUCUCACUUUUAAAGAAGACCAACAGAAAUCUCAAGGGGCUCUGUUUUUCAUGGAAGUCAAUUCUGCAAUCUAUUCAUCACAAAACAUGCUGUGCAAGGAUGAUAAAGAUAGUAUUUUGGAGCUGAAAGAGGGCUGCCCAGCUACAAAUGAAAGGCAAAAUUUUGCCUUCCCAGUCUGGUUUCAAAACGUUUGGGUUUUGCUUUGCGUAUUGUUUUCCUUCUCGGGAAUGGCUAUCACAAUGUGGUAUAGCAACAGAUUUGACAGCAAAACAGUCUUAUUAUGGAUACAAGCUUUAUCGUUGUGUUUUAUUUGUGGCGCUGGUAUUCUUGAAGUUUUAAAGGCGAUGUGUCUCGCAUUAAGAAAAUUGUAUUUGGUGCAUAGUAAUGCGAUAAUCAAGAUGUACCUGGAAUGUGCCCGUUUGUAUGGAAAAGCAACUUUGAAUCAGUUCACUGGUACUAGUGAACCAAAUGAAAAACAGAUACUAGCUGCAAGAGCGAGGGCACGUUUUGUUCGAUUCAGUAAACCAAUUUUGAAUGAGAAUUUGAGGAAAGCCAGGAAAAAGGCAGCUCGAUGGAAUUUUCUUUCUUCAUUUGCUUGGAACCUGUUCACGACUUCAGUAUACAUAACAACACUGGCAAUGCUGUUAGUGCAUUCAAACACCAGGGAAGAAUUCCUCCAACGGACAGUAAUUGAAGAGAGAGUAACCAGCCCAGUCAAAAACAUUUCGUUCAAUAAUAUUUCGACACGAGCACAGUUCUUCGACUGGACAGAGUUGCAAUUAGUCGACCUGCUGCAGUGGCAUUGUUGGCAUCAUUUGCACGGCUAUCGUGACGCUUCGCUGAACCACGGCCAUGCUCAACUUCCUGAUUUUAAUACUAUGUACACCUUUGGGCCAGCUUGCUUCGAAAAACUAGACAAUUUAAAGAAAGCAGAGAUGCCGGAAAUUUCAAACAGGUCUGCAUACAACGUGACUGCAUUUGGCCGAAAAGUUCUCCUCAUUGGUACUAGGAAUCAAAUGAUGGCAGUGCUGAGGUUGCUUCGUCGCUCUGACUGGUUCAAUAAGAAAACCUCUUUGGUUAAGAUAUCCUUUUCUUACUUUCAUCCGGAAUCAAGCACCUUCAGCUAUGUUCAACUGUCAACUAAAAUUUCACCAGUUGGGAAACUGGACACGGAAGUUCAAGUAGAAAGCAUGACCCCCUUUACGCAGCUUGGCACAGUACGAUAUGUGAUAAUUGCUUUCAAGGUUCUGUUUUGUGCGCUCAUCUUGAUCUCUAUACGACAAGAGUUGUCUUGUCUAAUGGAUAAAGGACUAAGACAUUUUCAAAAUAAGUGGAACAUUCUAGAGGGCCUUCUGAUUAUCCUCACGAUGCUGGCGUUGUCAGCUGAGAUAUGGCAGACGGUUGAAGCAAAGAAGACAUUGUAUAAAAUUGAAUCGAUGCAUAUCAAUGAUUCAGACGUCUUCCUAGACCUUACGGUCGCACUGAGAUCAGUCAAGGUGACAAGGAUCAUUUAUGCGACGCUGUUCUUUUUAGUCCUGUUGAAAGCUGUUACACUUCUUCGCGUUUUGACAAGAGUCUCAGCUAUCUUGACCUUGUUGGCGACAGUAAUCCCCAAAUUACUGGCUUUUAUGGUAAUGUUUGGCCUGCUAUUUGCCGCUUUAUUUCAUGUGGGAACAUUGGUUCGUGGACGAUCAAGAUGGGCAUUUACCGACAGCGAGACGACAUUAUUAGAACUAUCAACUGUGUUGACCAGAGGCCAUUCAGCCAUAUUAGGUGAAGUUGCACCGUGCAGUUCAUUGAUUUUUGCGUAUAAUAUCUUGGCGUCCCUGGCUGUGUUUGCUUUUUGGCUCAUGUCCGCGAUUUUUUUCAUCGGACGCUUCAAGGUAGAAAAAACUCAAAGGAAAAGAAGGACACGGUUACUUAAAAGCCUGGGAUUAUUCUUUAAAAAGCUUUCUUCCAAAAAAGCCUGGUGGCAGCUUUACAGUAAUAUUCUGAAAAGAUUUUUUGGAGGACAGGAAGACAAAUAUAAAUCCUGCAAUCUUCCUUUGGAAAAUAUCUACGACGAGAUAGAAUAUCAAGUUGAAGAAGUGAUCUUUCGAUUGAGCAAUCUAUACGACAUGAGUGAUUUUGCGGAAAAUAUUGGCAAGCAGGUGGGAGCUGAAGAUGACUACACACUGGACAGUUCUGAAGAGGCCGCCUACCCGAGUUCAUUCAGCACCAAGGACAGUAUAAGCUUUACAUCAGAAAGCAUUUAUUCAGAGGACAGUGGUUACUAUCGAUACGGCGACUACAGAGGUGCUUACCCUUCAAGUUCAAACAGUGAUGAUGAAUACGAAGGGCCUGUUAUUCAUUAUCUGGAACCACCAAGACAGCGCCUCGGUAGCUUAGGCCAAAUCAUGUCGCCCAUAUUCGGUGGUAGGUAUUUUGUAAAGACAAGCUGGAGCACAUUCAGGACUCCUAAAGUGAAACCGGCCGAGAUAAAGCCACCCCCAAAGAUACAACUUCCCCAGUCUAGCUCUCGAAAAACAUUUGAAAAAGUUAGCAACUGGUCGUCCAAGAAGCCUAAAGAGGACUCACGUGAACGCCUUGAGGCAGAUGAAUGCGAAGUGAAGCAAGGUCUAGAAAUGUUUGAUGCGUUUCCAAAGUCACAGCCUCCAUUUCCAAAGAAGUCUGCAAAGCUGAAGCCGCUUCCGCCAAUUCAACUGCCUUUACUCCAUCGCAAUAAGACGCUUGAAAAGAUUAAAAACUGUUCCACAAAGUUUAAGGUAGACACCCAGCUUGAGGACGAAGAAGUAUCAUCAAAACAUAACUUAGAUCCUUGCCUUUCUUCCCACCAAGGACAAGUUGGCAGCUUCGAUAAGGAUGAGAAAAGCGGACCAAAGAUUCCCAUUCAAACAUCAAACUUGCGCUACGAGCAAUCGUUGCUUCCUAAAGCUUUACAGUCAGUAGCAACCAACAUCAAAUUUGCUCCUAAAUUCAACGAAAACACGACACCUUUUCGAAGGCCAAAGAUUCCUUCCGUUCAGGAGAUAAUGACACACAAGAAAAAGCCUAUUUUAUUCAAAAGGACACAGGUAUGCCCGCUCAGCGUCGAUACUGCAAGCUCACGGUCGGUAUCAGUCAGCACGCAUUCAUUGCCGAAAAGCCCGCCAGAGCAGAUCAAUGGAGGCCUAGUUGUAAGCAAGACAAGAUCUCCGAGUCUGGACAGUGGGUUCAUGCGAAGUAGUGAUAAUGAAGACAGUGAGGUUUGUAGUGAUGUUUUAAAGAUUUAGGAUUGAACUAAAAUAUCUUCAGUUGCCGCAAUGUAGAGAUUAAAUUCAGAAUUUAUUUUUGAUAAGUCUUUUGUAUAUUUUGCAUCAUUUUAGAAUGUCAUAGGUUUAUUUUCUAACAGCAGUCAUAAUUCAAUCGAACUGAUAGAAAACAGUUGAUCUGAGCAAUUUUUACUUUGAAUAAAUACAUAGGCUAUGAAAUAUUUCUUCUUUGAACCACGGUUAAUAAUCUAUGCUGCCUGCCAGAAUUCUAGCUUUUGUUUUGAUGUCAUCUUCUACAGCUUGAAGUAUACGACAAAAACCUGUCCUGAGUCUAACUAUUCUGAUAGUCUUGUGAGGUAGCUCUACUGAUUAGAUUUAUUGACUUUUUAUGACUCCACAAAGUAACCUAAAUUGAAGAUGUAAGAUAGCAUUCAGUUGUAUUUCAAUAAUGUUUAAAAUUUACAAGAUGAAGGAUAGAUUUAAGAAUCAUAGCCCUCUUUCAAAUCGAUUUUUAUCCUUGAUAGUAAAAAACGUUAUGCAGACCAGUUAUGCAGAAUAUUAUGCAAGUACCAGAACAUAAUUGGGCUUACACUCUUUUCUUUUUAUAAGAAUAAUUUUAUAAGAACACGAGCCACAAAAUUGCUCAAAAUUUAAAAACAAAUUUAGAACAAGCUGAGGCUAAGCUUCUGCGAAAUGCAAUUUUAAACAAUGUUUCAUCUCAAAAUCGAGGAUUUUUAGUGCUGUGUGGGUGCUUUUUCGGUGAAUAUUCAAACAUGGUGGCAAAUGAAGUUUGUCUCACUUAUUUUAUUCGCAAAUAAGGCCUGAACACUUCCCUAGACAAAAAAAGCUAGCAAUUGCACUGGUUACACCCUAUUAAUUCAGAACAAAUUAAGAACAGUCCAGCCACAGAUUUUCGAAAAAAUUAUGAGCAGUCACCCUGAAAUUAAAUUUGCUUGUUCUUAUAAGAGUGUAAGCCCUUUCAUGUUUUGUUACUUGCUUGAGUUCUCUUCAAGUUAACUUUUUGUAAUGGCCUACGUUGACAUAUGCUGCCAUCAAAUCAUCACAACAAUAUCAAUUUGUGUUGAAGUUCCAAAUGUAGCUCUUUGUCUAAUUAUGCCCUCCACAUCCACAACCAUCAUGACAAAAAAAUUAAUUCAAACUAAAUGUUUGAUUGACAAAGUUGAACUUUAUUAAGUGUGAUGUAAAACCUAACAUGACUGGGUUGACAAAUUGAAUGGGGUCCACAGCUAACCCUUGAAUUUAGGGUUUUCUUUGACACUAGCCUUCGGCAAUUUGGCACGUUUUCGCAAACACUGAACAUUAGUAUGGCCUCUGGAUGGCUUUCUAAUCUUUGUUUAACAUUUAUGAACGUAUUUCCUGAUUUUCGGCAGCCUAGUAUGAUCUGAUAAUCCUAAGCUUCAGAUAUGUAAAGUUUCUAGCUUUUCCUUUUAGGCCGCCGAGUAUUCAUCCUAAACAAAAUAAAAAACCUUACUGACACUCAUGUUCAAUUCUCCUGAAACUCAUCUUUGCAAUCGAUCACCUUCUAAUCCCAAUGAAAUUAGGCCACCCUUUUUCUGAAAACUUCGAAAUAACAAUGAAAUUAGGCCACCCAGUCUAUCACCACACCCCCUACUCCCAUCCCAAAGUUUACCAUCAAAAGUUUUUGAAAAUUCGCAAUCUCUUUGAUAAGGAAUAUUUCUGAAUCAAAUCAAAUGUAAGAAAACUAGGCCUUUCAUCGCGACGUCACUAAUGUUUGUCUUCGUAGCAGAUCUUUGCCCAUUGAACUUUUUGUAAGUUUUGUGUAUCAUGUUGCUUGCGCUGUUUUGAUUUGGUUGGCCAGCCAUUAUUCAUUUAUUUUCAGAGUCAGUUUCUAGAGAAAUGUUGCUUUUUGUAGUUUUGAAAUUUUACAGUUCAUUAAAAGUCUUGGUAAAUGGCAAUGGUAAAUAAUGUGUUUAGGUCUGUUUAGAAAUCUAUAAAUAUUUACCAAGAAGAAGGUUGUAUGAAAGUUUAUUAAAUUUGUCAAUUAAGUUCAUUCAA